UAGAUUUUGAGUAACUCGCUUUUUUAGCAGUCCUGAUUUGGCCUCUUUCCAUUUGUUUAUCACUUUUUGUUCUUGUUGCAAGCUGUGCUUCAUCUUACGUUAGCGCCUUUAACAUUGUAAACACAAAUAUUGUUAACAUAGUAAACACAAUUCAAAUUCAAAUACCACGUUUGCAAGAAUCUCAAAACACAAUGAUCAUGUUGUGAGCCAAAUGGCUUUAAAAUAUACCGGAAGUAUAGUCGGUAUGGAGCUGGCAGUGUUCCCCAGUGUAGAAAACACCAUCCAUUCGACAAAGCUACCAUUUCCUUUUUCGUAAUUUUUAAUGAUGUUUAUGUUUCAGUAGAUGACAACCAUGGAUAGUGACUCAAAUGAAGUGAGUCGAAAUCUGUUUGAAGCCCUCAAAGGAUCCCAGUUUCGAAGAUUGAGAAAACGAGAUGACGAAGUGGAGAUGAAGAAGAACUUGACGGAGAGCGAGGAAUACAAAGAAUACGUGAAAACGGUGUUCGCUCGAUCUUACAUCGCCAGUUUUGCUGACGUCGCCGAAUCAACGUCCCUCAAAAAGAAGGUGUUUGUGAUGGCCGUCUUCUUCUUCAGUGUAUUCGGUCUGAUCUAUCAGGCCAGAGACUUCACAGAGUUCUACAUGACCUAUCCCACUCUCAAGAACGAGCUCUACCUCAAUCCAUUUUACGUCGAGCAACCAGCCAUCACAAUUUGCAACGCCAACCGCUAUCGACGAAGUGCGUACUGCAAAGAACCGUGGAUGGAAACAACUGAUUUUGAAAAUGAAACGGAGUUCUGUCAGAAAUAUGAUCAUUUUUGUCCCGAUCAAGGCAGACCCUACCCACAGUUAAUAGCUUACAACUUGCAGACUCACCUGUACCAACUACAUCCUGUACUUCUUCGAUUUUAA